AUGAAAUACUUAAAACACGCACGAUUUUAUGAACGCAUCGUUAUUAUUGUUGUUAUUAGUCAUGAUGAAGAAGAAACAUUCAUAACAACUGAAAAUGUUUCUCGAUUGUAUCAAUAUCGACAAAUACAAAUGAUGAUCACUAUUUCUUUUACUAAUAUAAAAGAUGAUCACAUUAAUAUUAUUUUAUCAAUAAAUACUCAAGAUAACGCUAGUAAGGAAAUUCAAAAAUUCCAAGAUUAUCAAUCAUUGAUUGUUCAGUUACAGCAGUUGAUGGAUGAAGCCGAAGAUUUCGAUGAUGGAUUGUUCGCUGUAUUUAAUCAACGAGAGAAAGCAUUACGAGAUGUUCGCCAGGAGCUUGGUGCAUUCGUAUGGGGUCAAUCCUACAGAGGUCAGUUUAUUUAUCCGCCUAAAAGUUCACAAAAUACUUAA